UCAUUACAAAAAAAAAAAAAAAAACCUCUCUUCCUUCUCUGCUCUCUUUGUGAUAACUGGUUUUCUCUCGUGGACGAUAAUCAUAUAUCAAUGAUGGCUAUGCCAAACACUCUCUCAGUUCUUGCUCUGUUUGCUUUGUUUUUUGUGCUAAGUAACAAUGGAGCCGAGGCUUCUCAUAAGAUUUAUCCUCGGUUUCAGACUCUUAGUGUUGAGAACGUGAAUCAAGUCCAUAGAACCGGGUAUCACUUUCAGCCUCCUAGGAACUGGAUCAACGAUCCAAAUGCACCUAUGUACUACAAGGGGCUAUACCAUCUAUUCUACCAAUACAACCCCAAAGGUGCAGUGUGGGGUAACAUUGUUUGGGCUCAUUCAGUUUCAAAGGAUUUGAUCAAUUGGGAAUCCCUUGAACCUGCACUCUACCCUUCUAAAUGGUUUGAUAAUUAUGGAUGUUGGUCUGGUUCAGCCACAGUCCUUCCAAAUGGUGAGCCUGUUAUCUUUUACACUGGUAUUGCUGAAAAAAAUAACAGUCAGAUCCAAAACUAUGCAGUACCCGCAAACUUGUCGGAUCCAUAUCUUCGUGAAUGGGUUAAGCCCGAUGAUAAUCCAAUAGUGAACCCGGAUGUUAGUGUAAACGGUAGCGCAUUCCGUGAUCCCACCACUGCUUGGUGGGCUGAUGGGCAUUGGAGGAUUUUGAUAGGCAGUAGGAGGAACCAUGUAGGGGUUGCAUAUUUGUACAGGAGUAGGGAUUUGAAGAAAUGGGCCAAGACUAAACACCCGUUACAUUCAGUUCAGGGUACAGGCAUGUGGGAAUGCCCAGAUUUUUUCCCUGUUUUAUCAUUCGGUGAAAAUGGGUUGGAUCCUUCAGUUAAUGGACAAAAUGUGAAACAUGCAUUGAAGGUUAGCUUAGAUUUGACAAGAUACGAGUACUAUACACUGGGUACUUAUGAUAAUAAAAAGGAAAAGUAUUUUCCUGAUGAGGGCUUAGUUGAUGGUUGGGGUGGUCUUAGGUUAGAUUAUGGAAACUUUUAUGCUUCUAAGACAUUCUUUGACCCAAGUACGAAUAGGAGGAUUUUGUGGGGUUGGGCUAAUGAGUCCGAUUCUGUUCAACAAGAUACGAACAAAGGGUGGGCAGGAAUUCUGUUGAUUCCUAGGAAGGUAUGGCUAGAUCCAAGUGGAAAGCAAUUGCUGCAGUGGCCUGUUGUAGAAUUGGAGAAAUUAAGAGGGCACAAUGUUCAACUGAGCAAUCAAAAGCUCAACCAAGGUGAUCAUGUUCAAGUUAAAGGCAUCACUGUUGCUCAGGCUGAUGUUGAUGUAACCUUUUCUUUCCCAAGCUUGGACAAAGCUGAGCCUUUUGAUCCAAAAUGGGCUAAGCUUGAUGCACUUGAUGUAUGUGCCCAAAAGGGUUCCAAAGAUCCUGGUGGAGUGGGGCCAUUUGGACUCUUGACAUUAGCCUCAGAAAAUCUUGAAGAAUUCACUCCUGUCUUCUUUAAAGUAUUUAAAGCAGUAGAUAAGCAUAAAGUUCUCUUGUGCUCUGAUGCAAGGAGCUCUUCCUUAGGUGAAGGACUAUAUAAACCAUCUUUUGCUGGAUUUGUUGAUGUUGAUUUAACUGAUAAGAAACUUUCGCUCAGAAGUUUGAUUGAUCACUCUGUUGUAGAAAGUUUUGGAGCUGGAGGAAGAACUGCCAUCACAUCCAGGGUUUAUCCAACUAUUGCAGUCUUUGAAAAAGCUCUCUUAUACGUGUUCAACAAUGGCAGCGAGACCAUCACAGUGGAGAAUCUUAAUGCUUGGAGUAUGAACUUACCUGUGAUGAAUGUCCCUGUAAAGAACCGAGGGAGAGAGAAUCCACGCAAUGAAUAAGGAAAUGAACUAAGAAAAUCUAAUCUUUAUUUCAGGAAAGAUAGUUAUUAGAACAUUAUGGUGUUGAGAUUGUGUAGUACACUAUAAAGAAUAAUCCAACCCUUUUUGUUCUUGUGUAAUUCUCAUGGAUAUAAAUAAUACUUGUU